AUGUCGUACUACGGAAACGGAGGAUACAACGCUCCAUACGGAGGACACGGAGGAUAUGCUCCACCACCAGUCCACGGAGCUCCAGGAUACAUGCCACCAACUGUUCAUGUCCACACUGACGGAGGACACCACGGACAUAUGGACACCCAUCACCACCAUGACAGCCACCAUCAUGGAGGACACCAUGGAGGACAUCACGGAGGACACUACGAAAGCCAUUAUGAAAGCCAUCAUCAUCAUGGACACCAUGGACAUCAUUAA